AUGGCUUCUGCGCUCCUCCUGCCCUCUCUCGUGCAAGGAGUUUGCGAAUGCGGUUACCGCACCUCUUCCGGUGACAUUUGGCAGUACGCAAUCGUCACCGAUUUUGCCAACAUCACGUCGCUUUCCUCUUCCAACUUUACGAGCGACUGGGAUAUCCAGACAUGGAAUACCAAUUCUUCCAAUCACCCGUACCAGAUGCAAAAUACAGAGAGCAACGUCUGGCUCCAGGAUGAUAUGUUGUGGAUGCAGUGUUCGGCAUACAAUUCGAGCGAUGACUUUGUCUAUACUUCUGAGACUGUGACGAACCGCAGUGAUAUCUUCCGUGGUUCGUUCCGUGCAAUGUUCCGUGUUACGGGUGGGCAGGGCGCGGUUGCUGGGUACUUCACUUACUAUAAUGACACCAAUGAGUCUGAUAUCGAGAUCUUGACAGCUGACAAUCAGACCACCAUUCACUACUCCAACCAACCUGAUGUCAUUGACGGAGACACCGUUGACGGAUCUUCCUACGAGGACACCUUGGUCAAUGGCCUCAAGUGGACCGAGUACAUCGAGCACAGACUUGACUGGUACCCCAACCAGACGGAUUACUACGCCAACUACACUCACGCCCAGACAAACUGGUACCACGCUCCCGAAGAGCCAUCGAACGUGAUCCUCAACAUGUGGUCCGACGGUGGUGUCUGGUCCUCUGGUCCUCCGACUUCUGAUGUCGUGAUGCAGAUCAAGUAUAUCAAGCUGUACUUUAACACUACGAAUUCGCUGGCUCAGAUGAACGAGACGUGUACGGGUGAAGUUUGUGAUGUUGAUGGUAAUAGAACGGAUCCGAAUCCGCUGACUGCUUAUCCGAGUCCUACGGCUACCAGCAGUGUUGAGUCCAGUGCGAGUGAGACGGCGUCGCUCUCUGCUAGUGCUUCGGGUUCGAGUUCGGGAGCUGUGAAGGUUGGGUCGAACUCUGCAUUGAUGUCUGUAGGAUUAUGGUUGGGUGGUGCAUUCAUGGUGGGAUUAUUGGCUUAG